AUGAGCAAACGGAUUAGUCAGAGCAAACCCUCGACUUUCGAUGCCGACUACUGGUGGACAAACAAUAGUUCGGGGUUGUUAGAGCAGGCUGAGGGGGAUUUUGGUUGGGAUUUGUUUAAAAGGGCCAUGCAAGAGAAAUUUUAUCCGCUGCAUGUAAGGAAAGAUAAAUCGAACGAGUUUGCGCGAUUAGAGAUGGGUGGUAUGACUGUUGAUGAAUAUUACCACAAAUUUAUGGAGUACCUCAAGUAUUGUCCUGAUGACAUGUAUAGGCGAGCGUCUCAAAUAGGGAAUAUUUUGAGGAAGGAGAAGGAAAAAGAGAAGGAUAAUGUUCCUGAGAAGAGGAAAGAAGGAGGCGGGUCUAAUACGACUUCAGGGUUUAGGAGUGACGCGAAGCCUGCUAAGCCAUUACUGGACCGAGAUGGCAAUGAAAGAAAGUAUUUCUGUAGAAGGUGCAAGAGAAAUCAUCCGGGAAAAGAUUGUGACGGGAAUUUGAUCGAGUGUAACUUUUGCCACAAAAGGGGAUAUAGAGAGUUGGAAUGCUACAUAAAGAAAGGGGGUGGAAGUCAACAUCCGAGUGGACAACACCGGCAACAUAAUUUAAACAACGCCGGUAGUCAAGCCAGUCAGCAGUACGGGAACGGAAAUCGUGGUAAUGCUGGUCAGAGGUUCCAGCGACCUUUUUAUGGGGGACAAGGCCGGGUAGAUGGAAACCGGGUUGAAGGGUCAGAAAUGCAUCGCGGGGGAAAUCAAGUGGGAGGAAAUAAUGUACAGCCGGAGAGUGGAAAGGUAUCUGCGGCCAGUGCAAGAGAAGCUGACCAGGCGACGGAUGUGGUUACAGGUACUUGUGAAAAACUGUAUAGGGAUGUACCCUUAAGGAUAGGAAAAGUUGUCUUUCCUAGCGACUUGUAUAUGAUAGAUAUGGAAGGUUUAGAGGUAAUUUUGGGGAUGGAUUGGCUAGGAAGGUAUAACGCCACUAUUGAAUGCAGAGAGCAGAGAGCAGAGAGUUUUGUUGGAAGGACCACGAGAGGAAAGCGUUAG